GACUUCUUCUACAGCCCCAACUGCCACUGCUGUUUUGACACCCGUUGACUCACAUGCAACACCGGCACCGACAACGCCUUCCUUGAAAGGAGAUGUAAACAUGUGCCCAUCAAACGUCCUGUCAUUAUCACACCGCUAUGGAACGCUACUGGCACAACAUGACAGGAGCUGCUACGAACUGAUGCACAAUAAAGUUACCUGGGACCAUGGAGAGGUCCUAUGUCAACAGGCAGGGGGACACUUAGCGAACAUUAAUAACGCACAGGAGCAGAAUUACAUACAAUCAUUUAUGGUGGCAUAUAGUCCAACAAAAGCUUUUUGGAUCGGUUUACAUGACAAACAAUCUGAGGGAAUAUUUGAAUGGACUGCAGGCGACCCAGUGACGUACACAAACUGGAUACCUGGUCACUCAGACAACCUUGUGAGUCACAACGUCGCGGAUUGUGUGGUCGUUGUACCAUACAGAGGGGGGAUCUGGGACGAUAUCCCCUGUGGAUCACAGAGCAUCUUUGGUGACACUGGGGAGACGCACCUCGCCUUUUGUGAAUACAACAUCGCGGCUAGUGGUGGUAUGCUAGUUGGACGCUGA